GCGGCGAGCUGGCGAAUGGGCUGACCAAUCAUGAGCAUCAGAGGCAGACACACAGACGGAGGGAGCCUUUUGUUGUGCGCUGCACUCAUCAAGUUAGAAGACAACUACCGAUUUGGCCUGAAGAAAAUUAGGAGAUGGAGUGUUAUCCAAUCAGACUGGCCAGUGUGUGUUUAUCUGAGUGGGUGGCAGAGUUUCAGCGCCAUUCAUAAUGUCAAGUGGGACCAUGACUGCUCUUCUAUUCCCAGCCUGGCCAACCCUCUCUCAGCCUCCUGACAGUUCCAGGUCUGAGUCUGUCACAUCCUCAGCCAAUCGGAGCCUUCGUUAACAGCGGCGUCGGCACGUGAUUGGGCGGAAGGAUGGCGACCAUGCCGUUUGUCAGCGAGGGGAAGUGUGUAAGUGUGGAGUGGGAUUUCCUGCAAGGACUGCUGGCCAAGCCUCCCACCUUGCCCUGUCUCCAGAACCUGCGCAAAGAGAAGUCUCGCAAUGCGGCUCGUUCGCGGCGGGGGAAGGAGAACUUCGAGUUCUUUGAGCUGGCCAAGAUGCUGCCUCUGCCCGGGGCCAUCACCAGCCAGCUGGACAAGGCCUCCGUCAUCCGGCUGACGAUCAGCUACCUGCACAUGCGCACCUUUGCCAGCCAGGGGGACCCGCCCUGGAGCCCUCUGAUGGAGGGAGACAGCAACUGCAGCAAAGUAAGACGAUCAUCUCACUCUCUGGCUACUGACAUGUUUGAGCAGCACCUAGGGGCGCACCUCCUGCAGUCUCUGGAUGGCUUUGUGUUCGUGGUCAGUCAUGAGGGACGGUUCCUCUACAUCUCAGAGACAGUUUCUAUCUACCUGGGACUCUCACAGGUGGAGCUCACCGGCAGCAGCGUGUUUGACUACAUCCACCCAGCGGACCACGUCGAGAUGGCCGAGCGGCUGGGAAUCAGGCCCCACCUGAGGGCCGAGGCCGGCUGCCUCACGGCCCCUGACAGCGCCUCCAGCUCCGCGUCCACCUCCUCCCUAGCUGGUACCCCUGAACCUGCUCCCUCUAGUCCUCACUCUCCAGCUGAUGAUCCUCCUGACCGUGGUUUCUUCAUCCGCAUGAAGUCCACGCUCACCAAAAGAGGCCUGCACGUCAAGUCUUCCGGAUACAAGGUAAUCCACGUGACAGGGCGAAUCCGCUGCCGCCCCGCACUCGUGCCGGGCUCCACGCGCUCAGUGCGUCGGCCGAUGGGUUUGGUGGCGCUGGCGCACACGCUCCCGCCGUCCACGCUUAAUGAAGUCCGCAUGGAGAGCCAAAUGUUUGUCUUCCGAGUCAACAUGGACCUGCAGGUCACAUAUUGUGAGAACAGGAUCUCAGAGUAUAUGGAUCUGACCCCAGCAGAGGUCGUGGGACAUACCUGUUACCACUUCAUCCACGUAGAAGACCUGGAAAACCUCCGGCAGAGCCACGAGGACUUGCUGAGGAAAGGCCAGGUGGUGACCGGCUACUACCGCUGGCUCCAGAGGAGAGGAGGCUAUCUGUGGAUCCAGUCCACCGCCACCGUCUCCAUCAACCACAAAGCCCCCCACGAACGAAACGUCAUCUGGGUCAACUACGUCCUGAGUCGAACGGAGUUGCCCGACACUCCCCUGGAUCUGCUGCAGCUGCCAGAGAAUGUGAGAGCAGAGCGACUUCGAGUUAGCUCGUCCCCCACCGACGGCUCCCCGCAGGCCCGAGGUUCCUCAGGCUCGCAGCCAGUGAAGAGCUCAGCGGGGAAGAGCGACCCCGACAAUAAAGGCAGAGACAAAUUCACCGCAGCUGCCAUCCAGUCAGAGGACAGGAGGAAGCGCCUGCUGAGGUCCGAACCCGAGGGCGCUCCCCCCGAAACCCGUCGCAGGCUGGAGGAGCUCCGUCACGCGGAGGAGAGCGUGUCAGCCUCCUCUGACCUGGCGAGCGAAAGCGAGGGAGAGGAGGAGGAGACAGAGUGGGACCAGGGGACAGACAGUGACAGACUGAAACAGGAAGACGGCGGGGGAGGAGGUAAACAGAGCAGGGGAGGAGACACCCCGACCAGAGGGGAGAGGGGGGGCAGGGUGCACAACGGCCGGGCUGUGAUCCAGCAGCUGAAGAGUGUAGUGACCCCGUCUCCCCUGCCCGGCAGCCCCAGCAUCAAGACUGAGCACGAAGCCUUGACCGCCGGGGGGCGCUGGGGCAGCCUCAACGGCGACAGCCCCACCACCCCGAUCCCCGACUCUUCCUCCAGCAGUGAGGCCCCCCCAAAGGGGUUGUUCACUCCCCCGUCCCCGGCUUUGUCCCCCGCCAUGUCCGUGUCCUCCCCGCUGCCCCGAGAUGAGAGGGUCGUGUCGGGGGUGGUCAGUCGGAGCGGUGGUGGUGCAGGUAGCGGCCCUGACUUUGAGCUGCUCCAGAGACUGGCUGCGGGCGGCGCAGCGGGGCGGGUCCUCUUCCACCCCCUCGCCCUCGGCCCGCAGGGCCCGCAGAGCCUCUACGCUCCCAGCACUAUCCGCUACGCUCCACCUGAGCUGCCCCCCUCCCACCACCACAGCGCGGGACACAGCGAUGGCCUGCAGCUACGCUCGGACCACCACAAGGGACCCCCGCCAGCCUUCUUCCCCCACCUACAGCGGUUGGCCGGCUUGCCACCCUUCAGUGGUUUCUCCCCGUCUGACAGCCCUUUCUCCUCCGGCCUGCCCUUCUGUAUGAAUGGACUGAGGGGGGCUGCAGGCUCUGAGGAGGACUGAGACUCGGAGGGGAGGAGGUGAAAGGAGAAGAUAAAAAUGAAGGACGGAGCAGAGUGACAGACCAGAAAGAGAGACAUUGAAAAGGGCAGGAGAGACAGAAGUGGCAGGACAUUAAGCCUCUGAGGACGUUACUAAUUGGACAAUGAGUUGAAUAACUGCGAUCUAAAAUAUGUGACAAGUCGAUGCCGUAGGGAAUUAUUGUGUCUGCCUGUUGUGGACAAGUGACAGUGACUCUCAGAGAAACCAGGACAUGGAAACUUUUGACUGGUUGUCCCUCAUGACUUUCCGUCUCUACAAUAAUGAACUCUGCUCUGUGUCUUUCUCUAGACGACUGUGUUGAUUUCUGUGUCUCUUCCACUCAGAGAAGCCAUAUUGUACAUAGAGACAAAAACCAUAAAGACCCUCAGCUCACAUCCUCCUCACUGUCACUCCAAUUAACCCAAUUAACCCUAAAGCCAGUAGAAAGAGAUGAACAGAGAUGUCUGUAGGAAGGAAAGUGACUUUGGAAUAUAAAUUUUUAAUAUUGCAGUAUUAUAAAAAGCAUCUCUUACACUGAGAUCCAGGUGAGACGCUGAUUGUUGGGUCUCCCUUAAAAUCGAUGGAGACGGCCCUCUGGUGUUUUUGUAUUGAGAUUCAAAAUAAUAAGAAUAAUGAUAAUGGAGAAAAAAAAUCCAAGUAGUCAUCAGUCAGCCAUACUUAAAGCACACUGUUGGGACAAAAAUAUGAAUAAUGUAGUCCCAGACAUUCCAUUAUGUAUAAGGGAAGAAAAUGCAAUGCAGACAGGACGCUUUUUCUGUUGUCUGAUCAUAGGUACGUCUUUUGUUUAACUGAGUAUUAAUUAUAGUAUAUUAUGUAUGAUGCUGCGGUUGUGUUUGUGUAUGAAAGCCAUAUUUCUUUGUUUAUUUCUAAAGGUUUUUUUUAGCGAUUCUUGAUAUUUUCCACCAGAUAAAACAGAUGGAAGGAUGGUGUGAAAAAUGUGUCUGGACGGACAGAAUGACUGGAUGCACGAUAUCGUCCAAAUUUUUAAUUGUUCUCUAAAAGAAGAUGUUUCUGAAAAUGUUUUUAGGAGAGGAAACGGUGCUGGACAGAAGUGUUAAUUAUCAUUCACACCUCUGUGUUUUUCUGAGCACUUACUGAAACUCAAAGCACUUCAUCACUUAAAAGUCACUGUGUGAUCCUGUUAAAACAGAAAGCGAUGCAAGAGUGGUCACUAAUAUCACAGCCUGACCGCGGCGUAGCGGAGGGGAUGAGCAGUCACUUAAAAAGGCGGAGAAACAAACAGACCACGUGUGGUCAUUAAAAGACGACCGUCAGAGGUCAAUAAAAAGAGACGUGGAAUUAUUCUGUGAUCGGUUUCAGUUCAGUUCAGUCGGCUGGAAAAUAAAAGUUUUAGAUCCAAAAGUGGAAACAUGAAACACUUAAAAUGUGUGUUUCAGGCUGAGUGAUUGGAGUUCCUCUCAGGACUGAAAAAACAAACAAAUACAAAACACUUUUUAUGUGACAAAAAAAAAAUGAAAUAACAGUUUUUUAAAUUAGUGCUCAGAAUAUUUUAUCUCCCAUUUGAACUGGAGUCACAGACAAUUUUUUUUGCGGUUGUCUGAAAGAUACUCAAACAUUUGAGAAUCUUCUUUCCUAAAUGUGAUCAUUAACAUUUGGCCUCUUUUUGACAAAACGCUGGUGUCAGUACGGUCAUUAAGGAUAGUCACAUUUUUCACAGUAAUAAUCAAUGAGGUAAAAACAUCAGAUCAUUCUCCAGCACUUUGGAAUUAAAGUCAUUCAAACUGAUCUAUCGUGUGAUAAAUUUACGCUAUCUGUCUGCACAAUGUUGCCAUAAUGACAGGUAGUAUACGUGUGGUGUAUUUGUUUUGCUUCCAAAUUGAGAUUAUGGUCUGUCUGACCCGAGGGCUCAGUUUAGGAGGAAAUCUCUGAAGUCUGACAGAUAAAAAAACACGUAUAAAUUCUAAUAGUUCAGAUCCGACGUGCACUACUCACACCGUA